CCCAAGGCUUUUGAUGAGCAGUUGUUCCUGGCGAUGGAGGAGAUCAAUGACUUGUUGCAAGAAACAGGUCUCUCUAGUGUAAAGGGCGUCGGAUUUACGAUUGUGUCCAUUGCGGGCAUUACGGGGAAUCCACCCGCUUGUGCCUUGGACAAUACCCGAUCCCCCACCACCAUCUCCGUCACCCUCGCUAAUAACAUUGUAGGGAAGCCCGUUUUUGUGAAUGCAAGCGAGCCCAAGACUGAACACGUCGUAGAGCUCGUAGACAAUAUCCAGCUUUACGUAGACAAAGAGAACCGAACCAUUUAUCUUUUUCUCGACGCAGCUCAAUCGACCUCUGCAUUAGCCGAAGCUGCCAAGAAUCGUUCCUCUGACGAGAAAACGGCACAACCUUCCUUUUCAUCCCAUGUAUUGAGCUCUGAAUGUUCGUAUCUACGCGGCUUGCUGUUUUUAUGUUUGAUCUCCCAUCUUGUGAUUCCCAUCCUUCCGUCGAGUCUGUUUUCCUCUGAGUUCUUGUCUAAUCUUGUGACGCUCAGUCAGACGAAGCAAGCUCUUUACACCCAUCUGGCGCAAUUUCAAGCAGCGUGCUGGCGCCACUGGGAUAUUGGUGUGCCGUAUUCUUUGUUUGAAAAGAGGGAAACAGAAGGCCGUCGAGGGCGCGAUCGCAUCAAUCAAACUUUGCCAGGUUGGUGGGGACCGGCCAAAGGAGUGCCUUUGAUGGCAGCUGUUAUUGCCGAUGUUCCCGUGAUAACGGAAGGGCAAAGUAAACUCACGGUCCCGGUGGCCGUCAAACGGUUGCAGGAAAGCUUGCAAGGAAGGAUCAAAUAUCUGUUCCGCGCCGUGCAUCUGAUCCCCCUUUCCAAUGAUGCGCCAUCGGCUGCCAAUGAGAUUCGUUCACUAUUCACACUUCCAUCCAGUACUCAGUCCUUUUUGCAUGUGGUUCCCAGAGCUGCUGUGCCUUUGGACAACGGCAGUGCAGGUGCAAACCAUCUUUUCACCUUUGACGAGCCUGUUUCCCUUGAAGAUUGGUUGAAUGGAUCAGGCGAUGCAAAAGAUAGCAAGCAGGAGCCGCCAAAGGGCACAUCUUCGGAAGGGUACGAUACUGUCUUGUUGCGCAAUUUUGUCGCCCAUUGGAUGAAAGCUUCGCGUUCCAAGAGUUCUCUGUCAAACUCUCGUAAAAGCGACAUUCGACCUUUGGCUACUAUUCUUCCCAACGGUCUUCAAUUUAUCUCUGCAGCGGUCACCUUGCGCCACCUUAUCCUUCAGCCUAUGGGCCACAUGGAAACUUUCCGGAAAUUCAUCACGAGCCAGGUUCCAGGAACCAAAGGCAUGAUUCAGCAGAUUGAAGUGACAAUGCGCAAAAAGAUUCGUGAUACCGUGGAAAUCGAGAGAGCGUUUUCAAAAAGCCAUUCGCUUGAGAUUAUGGCCAAAGCUGUCGAAGCGUACUUGCACGAUCUUCCGUCUUAUUAUACCCAACAAUACCAUCUCUGGAAGCGAAAUAGCGUGGUUCGAUUAUACCGAUCGCUUGCGCGGGGUCCUUGUGCCGAGGACUUUGCGGCACGUUUGAUGGAAGAAUGUGAUGCAACGUGGAAACAAGGUCGCCAAGGUUGCGAAGUCGUCAGUUUCACCGGCAAAGUAUGCCGACUAAAGUUGGGACAUGGAGAUCGAGGCUUGGAAAUAGAGCGAGAAACAACGGAGGAUGCCAAGGCCGAGAGUCGUUCCUUGAUGGAUAAGAGCGCGCAUAGUAGUGGCUGCAGCUUCUUUCACGCGUGUAAUUGCGGAAAAACUCAAAAAUUACGCGAAGAUCCUUUCCAGCUGUCGGAAGCCAACUUGGAGUUUUAUCAAAAGUUUGGAUGUUGCAUGAUCCCCGGACGUGUGGCGAUUGAUAUUCAACGGUCCACGUUUGGCGCGAAUCAGACGCUCGCAAAGAAUACGGUCGACAUUCCUUUGGAUGAUACCGUGUUACUUUACUUGGGCCCGGCUUCCAUCUACCGUAACAGCUUUGGAUUGGAUAAAUAUGAAGGCUUCACUCACAACACAAACUACUUGUUGCCGUGGAAUCUUACUGGGCUCGUGGCUCAGCAUGCCAAAGCGGCUCCUGCGACCGGACCGAAACCCAAGGAAACCACUUCGAAACUGGCCAAUUCGCAUGAAUGGCCUUCCCUUGGUGCGACAGUCGAAGUCCCAUCCGCGCCCGCGGCCAAACCCAUCUCUCCCCAUCUGGCAUCGCUGUCUGCAUUUCCAUCGCUCAAAGCCGCUACCAGUGGACAAGACAUGCCGACGGCUUCAACGAGUGUGAACCUCGACGUGGUGUCAUCGCGGUCCAGCGACGAACCAAAGAGAGAUACACGUCGACGCCGUGAUGGACGCCGUAACAAGGACCGCGAACAUCGUUUGGAACAUCUUGUCCGAGCCUUCCUCGGUGCCGAGUACGAAUGCCCUCUUGGUCACCGUUUCUUGAGCUGUGGCGAUGGGCGCAUCUGUAAGAUUGGACACAAAGGACAUCCCAAGGAACAUGGCAAUGAUUUUAUUCAUCAGGAUCUUCCGCUGUAUGUGUUGUGCCCCUGCAACUUUGUCAAUCCGCAACAAAAGUCGGCUCCCGAUGUCACGGCCCAGCUACAGCGCUUGUACAUUGUCACGCCUGAUGCUCCCGUAGCCAUCACAAUGCAUCCAUCUAUCAAGAUCCAGGUACCGGACACAGACAGGGUGGUUCAAUUGGAUUUAGGGAUUCAUGACACAUUGACCUUGCCAUCCAAUGGUCUGUAUGUGCUUCGACUGCCGUAUAUUUACCGCGAUACCGAUGGGUCCCCUAUCCCGAUGGAACCAAACACUGAAUUGCGACUGAAGAGUGGUGUAUUUGAAAAAGGAUGCUUCAAAGCUCAGUAUAGAGUGGAUCGCUAGGACAACAACAAAAAAAAGAGGCAAUGAAAUGGAACCAUGCCCCGCUAUUCCCUACCUCAUCCUUGGAGCCAAGUUAUCGAUAUUCUUCCCUUUUUACCACGCUCUGACGAUGUUCAUCUGUUUCUUUGUAUCCUUUCCUAUCUCUAUUUGCGCUAUUCGAGUCCCUUGUCAAUCACUGCUCAACAAGCAGGCCAAAAUGGACUCGUACAACCCCCCCCCGGGGGGAAAUCUUAUUUUCCUUCAGCGUCAACACUCUCAUCACUUUUCAGGGAUCAGUCUCUGUCAAUUGUGCGCGGCUAUCUACAGAUAAACACGAGAAAGAUGGAGUCUAUAAAAACAAGGUGAAAUUCUUCAUUCUACAAAUAAACCAAUGAAAAC